AUGCUGACAGCAGAGCCAAGGCGAGUGCGAGUUGCUCGACAAGCAGAGCCCCUUAUGCCGUGGAGGAUUCCAAACACGCAGCGCUUUCAGUGGCUUUCUGUGCGAGAGCUGCUGCUGCGAGAGAGAAUCCUGAUGGUCUCGGAGUACAUCGAUGACAACAUGGCCAAUGCGUAUCUGGCAAUGUUGCUUUACCUUCAGUCAGAAGAUGCCAAGAAACCAGUACAAAUUUACUUUUCCAGCCCCGGAGCGGCUUUGAAGCCAGCACUGGCCUUAUAUGAUACCAUCGGCCAACUGAAGGCGAAAGGCUGCAAAGUCACCACCGUCAGCUACUCUCUUUGUGCCGGAAUGGGUGCUUUCUUAGCAGCCGCUGGCUCGCCUGGGCGGCGCUUUGCAACACCUAACUCGCUCUUUCUUCUGUCCAAAACAGGUCAGGCUACCGAAAUCGAGUUGGAGGCAAAACAGAUGCUGCGAGAAAGUGAGCGUAUAGAGGAGGAGCUGUCCAGCAUUACUGGCAGACCUAUGGAGCAGAUCCGAAAGGACUUGCGACGAAAUUUCUACCUCACCGCAGCAGAGGCAGUCGAGUAUGGUCUCAUAGACAAGGUGCUUGUGCCAGAGGACGACAAGGGCUCAAAGCUGGACAAGGGCACUCGGGACCCAUGGAGUGGCCAGGUCGUCAAGCCAGAGGUCGGGUUUGGGGUUUUCGCAGACCCAGAUCAGCCUCGAACAGCUGUCUGA